AUGGCUCUUAACCUUGAGGCUGACAACGUUGGUAUUGUCAUUUUCGGUAACGAUCGUCUCAUCAAGGAGGGUGACACUGUCAAGCGUACCGGCUGCAUUGUCGAUGUCCCUGUCGGUGAGGCCCUUCUUGGCCGUGUUGUUGAUGCUCUCGGCAACCCCAUUGACGGCAAGGGU